GCGUUAGUACCACCGCCAAAAUCGGGCAGAUGUUCCUGCAUAAGUAGAUUUUUAACAACAGUGUUUUACAACUAAAUUAGCUAAUUAAAGGUGUUUUAAGUAAAAAGUUAGAAUGAAUUAAGUACUUAAAGGUCGCGCGCACAACUGGACACUUCGGAGAGGCUCGAAGCGUGCGACUCGACCGCGAUAAAUGCCCGCAAAACUUGCACUUCUACGCGCGUUUUUCGCUUGGGCGGCUUAGUUUUCCCACGACCUGGGAAAAGUGCCACAUUUCCAAAAGAAUGGCCACCAGCAACUUGAUUAGGAAUAAAAUAAACAACAGCUACGAAUCGGAGCCUUCUACAGGAAGCGGGUCUUCGCUCAGUGAAAACAAUGAGGGCCAUAUAUCUGACGAGGAGCACAUGAAUCUGCCGUAUCUGAUGAAACCGAAACCACUGAGCAACCAACCGAGUAACGAUACCCCGACGCCACCCAACCAGAAGCCAAGCAGCCAGGAAUCCCAGUUCCUUGGCUUCGGAGACAGCCCAUAUGGCCAGGUGAACAAGCGUCUGUAUGGCUCCCAGCUGCAGAACCUCAAGCUGCCCGAGGUUGAACCCCCUGCCGUCCGUCGCCCCUCGCCGGGCAAGAUUGUCUUUCCCCGGUUCUACGACACCCUCAUCGAGGAGAACAGCUGCAAUGCCGUGGACAUGGCCGUGUCGGUGGCCAUCACAGCCACCACGACAACGGGCAGCCUCUCCUUCGAUGGCAAAAUCAAAAGUCUGACUGCGAGACCUGAGGAUCAGGAGAAGCCAGGACCCUCCAAUCCCCGACUCUCCACCGUUCUGGAAACCUCUCUGAACACAUCGCAGAAGUUCAAUAACGAACGAUCGCCCGAUCUCUUUGCCGACAGCGAAGAGGAGGGAGAAAACGAUGAGCAGGUGGAGAAGGAACCCGCCACGAGGCUGGAGGAUCUGCCCGAGGUGCUAGAGGAGUCGCAGUGCACUAGCGAUGUACGUGCCCGCUGCUCGCUGACUGGCCCCACCGAGUCCAGCUUUGUGGACGAGCAGACAAUGGACAUGUCGGCCACCCAGCUUAACGCCAACGAUCCCCGAUCGCAUUUCUUGGAGAACUGCAGGCGAGAGCGGGAACUCUAUCGGCGGAUACGGCGCUGCCUUCAGGGAGUCCGUCCGCCGCCCACGGUGACCACGCCCGAUGUGGACGUCAUCAAAAUGGUGCUUAGCAUGAAGACCAACGUACUCAACUUUCUCGCCAAGGAUGCCCCAGCCUCAACGCCCACAAUUGAGGACAGUGGCAUUAGUGAAACCAGCUCGUUGUUUCGACCCACCCACAGUCUCUCAGAGGCUCAAAACAUGGGCUGGCGGGAGGUGCUUGGCGUGAGACAUCAUGGACUGAGCUACAAUCUGAACAAGGCUGCCGAACAAAAUGAAUACCUCAGCAUGUCCGUGGUGGACCGAUAUGUGGGCGUGGAAACCGCCACUUCCUAUGUUCGUUCCCCCUCGAGUGCCAAGAAGCGAAACAUGCGGAUGAAAAUGUUAACCCAAUCGCCUGGAAAUCGCCUAAGUCACCUGGCCAAGCGUCGUGCCAUAUUUUCAUCUGCAAAUCUGGCAACCAACUCACAGAAGCUCAACAGCUCAAUUGGACCACAAAUAGUACUGGAUAAGAAAAAAGCACGAAAUAAACGUAAGGCCACGCCCAAACGAAAGACGCCGGGCAGCAAGAAGAAAGCCCGCAAGACGCCAUCCUCAUCCGCCCGUAAGCACCUCUAUCGCACCGAUCUCAUCAAGCCAGGACCUUCGAGAGAAACCUCCAAGCGUGCCUUAUUCCAAAGCCCGGCCAAAAACCUCCAGCAACAGCAGCUUAUGCCGCCCAAGCCACUCUUCAAGCCGGAGAUUGCGAAUCGCGUGGAACGAUCGAAGCGGGCUCUCUUUUCGCCGGACCACCAGGGCGGUAGUAAUCAGCUGGAGUCACUUCUGAAGCGGAAAAGGAACGCCUGCGAUGAUGAGGACUCCGCUGAUAUGGCCAGCCAGAGCAGCAAACUGUUCCGCGCGGAGAGCAGUGGGCCUAGUGGUUUGACGCCUCGCGCUCUGAAGAUCAAGAGUCAGAGCUUCUGCAUUGGAGCUGGUUCCUCCACGGCGGGUCUUCAGCUGAAGUUGACGCAGCAGGUGGCUACUCCCGCUGGCCAAUCGCGGCUCAGUCUUGGACUGAGCGGCAGCAGUAGCAACCUGGUAAGCGGCUCCUUCUCCCUUGCAAGCGGUACGCCUCUGGCGAGUAAACUACAACGGGCUCAGUCGGAGAUGUGCGCCACGCCGAACAGCAGUAUGACGGAUAACCAGCGAAAGAAACUGCUUUGGGCUGUGUCGCAGGCACUGCAGGAGAAAAAAAUUACUCCGAAGCACGAGCAUUUCCGUCAGCAUGCUGCCGACCUUACGCGCAUUGUGAAGCGCAUCUUCCAGGAAUUCUACCUGGGCCACUCGUCCAGUAAUAGCGAAACCUUGCUAAGGCUGGCCAAGAAAUUCGCCUUUAGCGUUAUUGCGGGAAAGAACGCGGAUGACAUUUACCUGCAGGCGCGAAGUCAGGAGAGCGAGGCCAAGCGGUUGUCGAGCACCCGCCUUUCGGGCUACAUCGGUCCCGAGGAGUUUGCCCAGCGUAAGCUGUUGCUUUCGCAAACAUCAGUAGCAGGAGCAGUGGCCGGCUCGGCUCGUUCGCUGCACAACAUCUUUGGCAGCGAGAACUCCAUUGAUUCAUUUGGCCUGAGUCAAAUGAGCCUGCCGACGAACACCUGCUUGGAUACGCAAUCGAGUAUAGUGGACCGCAUUUCGGAGGAUCUUUUCUGCAAGGAACGGCAACCCAUACGGCCCAAUGCCACGCUGCAGAACAGCUCGUCGAAGAGCAACCUGGGCGGACUGGCGCUGCGCGAGAACAUGGACUGCGAGUCGCGUCGGUCGGCGCAGAAGAACUUCACCGGCAAGGACCAGCAGAACAUCAGUCCCUACUUUGGAGGUGGAGGAAGUAACGGCUCGGCCCGGAAGUUCCAAAUGCCACCCGUGGGAAACAGCAACAACUCUGGCGGCAAGGCCAAGCGGCAGAUUUCCUUUGACUGCUAAGACAGUAGAGUUGAAGAGAUAAUUGUUUAAAGAACAAGUGCUUACAGCGGCAAUGCAUCGGUACGAUAUCUAGAUACAAAUAUGUUCCAAAAUCCAUUCCAUCCGGAAAAUGUCGGGAUUGGCAAAGGAGCAACCAUAUGUAUAAUUAUCUUAUUCGCCAACGUAAGCAGAAAGUUUUCACCGUUUAUUGUUUCAAUUAUUUUUUGGUUGUUUUAGCUUAAUUUAUUUAACUGCCAGGUCUCUUUAAAAAACCAAUACUUUACAUAUAAUGGCAGACAACCGUAUCAAUAGGUAUAUGUAAAAUACAUCUUGUAUAGAUCUUAUAGAUCGCCUUCCCCUAGACUCGCCCAAGACUUUUGCGUGAACUCAAAUUUAGUUAAAAUUCAACUAUUCAAUUUUUUUUUUAACAAUGGCAUAUAGGAUCUAUAUGGGAUUUAUUUUAUGCGACUCAAGUUUGAUGAAUGCAAUAUUUUCCACUGAAGUUUAGAUGUAUUAAGAACAGUUUGUGCUUAAAAAUUACAAAUUUUAACUAACUAAAUCGCGUGUGUACUCAAUACAACUGAAAUUAAGCUGAAAUCAAGUCCUGUAAGAGUGUAAACUGAAAUUAGUAUAAUAAAAGCGCCCCAAUCAAUAGUAA